GGGUUGGGCUGCGCCAGGAGUGGUGGGGAUUGCUGCUGGUUGGGGGGGUUAUUCUCUGUACAGUCAAGUCAAUGAGCGUUCUUUGCCUCUUUUCUCUAUUGUUGCUUCCUAUCUCCUCCACCCUUUUGCAUGCAUGGCAACUAGGUUAUGGCAUUAUGGAAUGGACAAACAAAAAGAAGUUUCUUUUAUUCCCACUUUGCUGGGUUGAUGAUGAUGAUCGGAAUGGAAUCUGGAGUGCAGUACAGUACAGUAGGUGCUGGAGCAAGGAGCAAGGAGCAAGUGCUGGUCUUGCUGGCGUUGGGAUUGGGAUUCGGGUUGGGCUUGGGUCCAGGUUGGGAUUGGGUAAAAUUAUGUGUCUUUCUUUAUUUUAUUUUAUGUUAUAAAGAGCUGAAGACAGACAAGAAGCGAGUUCUUGCUUUAUGAUAUUCCGUUAUCUAGCUCCUUCACCUCUUCACCAGGUCACUUAGGACUGAAUACCUUGGGUGAUGGCGGCGGUUCAGGUGUACUUGUUUGCUAUGGGGUAGGGCGUGUCCCUACCUACCCCCUUCUGCUGGGAGUCCUUCUGCUCAACCAGCUUUCUUUGAAAUUCUGAU